CGGGGAGAAGCACCGCCUGCUGCCGCGACGCCAUUUGCCACUGCCGAGCGUGGGUACGGGCAGCCCUUGCAAGCUCCGGUGACCAACCUCUCCCGAGUGCGCUUCUCGAUCUACCACACAGUCUUCAUCCCGCGCACUUCUGAGCGUCGCCCGCCGGAGUCACCCACCAUUCCUGCCGCCAGCCUGAUCAAGGUCCCGCACACAGCCAGCCAGUCUUUGCCGCCAUGCCCAAGAAUAAAGGAAAAGGAGGUAAGAACAGACGUAGAGGGAAGAAUGAGAAUGAAUCGGAAAAGCGAGAGCUUGUGUUCAAGGAGGAUGGACAAGAAUAUGCUCAAGUAAUCAAAAUGUUGGGAAAUGGACGAUUAGAAGCCAUGUGUUUCGAUGGUGUAAAGAGGCUGUGCCACAUCAGAGGGAAAUUGAGAAAAAAGGUUUGGAUAAAUACCUCAGAUAUCAUACUGGUGGGCCUCCGAGAUUACCAAGACAACAAAGCCGAUGUCAUUUUAAAAUACAACGCAGAUGAAGCUAGAAGUCUCAAGGCCUAUGGGGAGCUUCCAGAGCACGCUAAAAUCAAUGAAACUGAUACAUUUGGUCCUGGAGAUGAUGAUGAAAUUCAGUUUGAUGACAUUGGGGAUGAUGAUGAAGACAUCGAUGAUAUCUAAAAUGAACUCAACAUGUUGCAUUCCAGUCUUCCUGAAGAUUGUCCUUCAAGUUUGAAAUCUGGCCAUAGACCUCAAAGAAAAGUUUUCUUGAUUGUAAUUUGUUGAAGCAGAUUUGAUACUACCGUCUUUCAACUGAUAAUCGUAACUGAUAUGCUAAGCCCACUUUGUUGAUUCGAUUUAAUGGUCCUUAAGAAGACCAUUUAAGGAAAAAAAAAGUCUUUCCUACUUUGACCCCUUCCAGUAACUAAAUGGGUGUUUUCAAUAAACCAUUUGCCUUGUACUCAGUAUAAAUUAUGAUUAAGCCCUACCUUUGCAUAGCUGGCGACUGUACAGUCUUUGUGUAUAUUCCAGUUGCCCAGAGAUUUUGAUACGAAAUGGAGGCAGAAAGCUGUGUUCUGUUUUUGUUGUAUUUUGAGACAGAGUCUAACUUUGUAUCUGAGGCUAGCUUGGAGUUCACUGUAGUACUGGUGGACCUCAAACUUGCUGUGAUCCUCCUUUCUUGACCUCCUGAGUGCUGCGAGCAUAUGCAUGAAGCACCAUACCUGGCAGAAAUCUAGUUAAAGGCAAAAAUGAUAGGUCUGCUUUUCAUAUUAAGUAUGUGGCUAUUUUUAUACUAGUUUUGAUACCAUGUACAAUUUUUCAUGAUUUUAUUUUGCAGUCAUCAGCUUACUGGAAGAGGAAAAGGUAUUUCCAAAAUGGUUUUGGGGGUUUGAGAUUUUUGUUUCUUUGUUUGGGGAGGAGGGAGUAUUGAGACAGGGUUUCUCUGUGUAGCCCUAGCUGUCAUGGAACUCACUCUGUACACCAGGCUGGCCUCAAACUCACAGAAGUCUUCCUGCCUCCGCCUCCCAAGUGCAGCCGCCACAGACACCACCAUAACCUGGCUCCAAAAUGUUUUUAGAAACUGGUUUUUAAUGCCAAUUUGGAAUUAAGGUCAGUAGUUGCAAAAACUGAACACUAGGUGGUGCUCAGUUGCCUUAACAGAGGAAAUGCUAUUUUAAUUGUUGAGAUGGUUGCUUUUCUCAACUAAUGUGAAUAGGAAAUUUCCCAAACAAAAAGAUUGUUUCAAUCAUGUGUGUGGAAUCUUUUUAUCCAACAGAAAGAUUGGGUUGGAGUGUUGCUUUUUUUUUU